AUGGUGAUGAUAAUGGUAAUGGUAACAGUGACUGUAACAAUGACAGUAAUGGUAACAGUUGUGGCAACAGUUAUGGUGACGGUGACGGUAACGGCCACGGUGAUGGUAAUGAUGAUAGUGAUAGUAAUGGUGAUUACGGUGAUGGUCACGGUACCGGUAAUGGUAACAAUAAUGGUGACGGUGAUGGUGACAGUGACAAAGACUGGUGACGAUGACUAUAACGGUAAUGGUAACAGUGACGGUAAUGGUGAUGGUAAUGGUCACUGUAUAGGUAACAGUCGUAGUAAUGACAAGAGUAACGGUAACGCUAACGGUAUCAGUGACAGUAAUGGUGAUGGUGACGGUGACGGUAAUGUGACAGUAACGGUCACGGUCACAAUAACGGUAACGAUGACGAUAACAGUAACGAUUACGGUAAUGGUGACGGUAAUAAUAACAGUUAUGGUAACGGUAAUAGUCACGGUAACAGUGACGGUCACGGUGAUUGAAACGAUGAUGGUAACGGUGACGGUGACAGUGAGGGUGGCGAUAACUGUGAUGGUCACAGUGACGGUGACGGUUAUGGUAACGGUCAUGGUCAAGACUAACGAUAUCGAUGACGGUAGUAACAGAAACAAUAACGGUAACGGUGAUGCUAAAAGAUACGAUAAUGGUAAUGGUAACGGUGACGGUAAUGGUUAUGGUAACAGUUUCGGUGACGGUGACGGUAACGGUCACGAAAAUGGUGAAGAUAAAAGGAUCGCGGAUGGCAACAGUAACGAUAACGAUAAUGGUGACGAUAUUGAUAAUGGUGACAAUAACAGUAACAGUGACGGUAACGGUAAUGGUGAUGAUAAAUAUGACGGUAACUUUAACGAUAACGGUAAUGGUGAUGGAAAUGGUAACGGUAGCAGUUACGGUAACGGUAACGAUAACAGUGACGAUAACGGUAACAAUGAUGGUAAAGGUGAUGUUGACUAUAAUAGUGACGAUAAUGGUGACAGUAACGGUAAGAAUGACGAUAACUUUAACGAUAACGAUAAUGGUGACGGAAAUGGUAAUGGUAGCAGUUACGGUAACAGUAACGAUAACAGUGACGAUAACGGUAACAAUGAUGGUAAUGGUGAUGUUGACUAUAAUAGUGGCGAUAAUGGUGACAGUAACGGUAAGAAUGACGAUAAUUAUCAUGAUGAUGGUAACGAUGACGGUGAAGGUCACGGUAACGGUAACGGUGACGAUUACGGUGACAGUGAUGGUAAUGAUGACGGUAACAGUGAUUGUAACGAUGAUAGUGACGGUAACAGUGAUUGUAAUGAUGACGAUAAUGGUUAUGAUUGCGAUUACGAAAACGGUUACAAUUGCGAUUACGAUUACAGUUAUGGUGACGGUAACGAUUUCGGUGGCGGUAACGGUUACAGUGACGGUAACGGUGACAGUAACACUAACAGUAAUGGUUAUAAUAACGGUAACGAUUACGGUAACAGUGACAGUAACGGUUACGAUAAUGAUUACGGUAAUGGUUUUGGUAACGGUUACGAUAACGAUAACACUUACGAUAACAGUAAUGGUGACUAUAACAAAAACGAUAACGGUGAUGGUAACGGUAAUAGAAACGGUUACGAUUACAGUAAUGGUGACGGUAACAGUAACAAUAAUGGUAACGAUAAUGGUAACAGUAAUUGUGACGAUAACAGUAAUGGUAAUGGUAACAGUGACGGUAAUGGUAAUAGUAACGGUGACGGUGACGGUAACGGUUACAGUGACGAUAACAGUGAUAGUGAUGGUGAUAGCAAUGGUAAUGGUAAGGGUGACAAUGACGGUGACGGUAAAUGUGAUGGUGACAUUAACAGUGACGGUGACGGUAACAGUGACGGGGACGGUGACGAUGACGAUAACUGUAACGAUUACGAUGACGAUAAUGAUUACGGUGACAGUGAUGGUGAUGAUAACAGUGACAGUAAUGGUUAUAAUAACGGUAAAGGUUAUGGUAACAGUGAUGGUAAUGGUUACGAUAACAAUUACAGUAAUGGUUAUAGUAAUGGUAACACUAAUUGUAACGGUUACGACAAUGGUUACUGGAACGGUAAUGGUGUCGAUAACGUUGACGGUAACAAUAUCGAUAAUGGUGACGAUAACAGAAAUGAUAACGGUGACGGUAACAGAAACGAUAACGGUGAUGGUAACAGUAACAGUAACAGUAACGGGGAAGGUGAUGGUAACGGUGAUAGUAACAGUUACGAUUACAAUAACGGUGAUGGUGACAGUAAUGGUAAUGGUAACGGUCAGGGUAAUUGUUAUGGUAAUAGUAACGGUAACGAUAAUUGUGACGGUAACAGUAACGGGAAAGUAACAGUAAUAGUAACGGGGAAGGUGAUGGUAACGGUUACGAUUACAAUAACGGUGAUGGUGACAGUAAUGGUAACGGUAACGGUCAGGGUAAUUGUUAUGGUAAUAGUAACGGCAACGAUAAUUGUGACGGUAACAGUAACAGUAACGGUAACAGUGACGGUAACGGUGCAAGUAACGACCACUAUCACGAUCAUAAUAAUGCUGACGAUAAUGGUGACAGUGACGGUAAUGGUGAUUGUAACGGUUACGGUGACGAUAAUGGCAACAGUGACUGUAACAGUAACGGUAAACGAUAACGGUGACAAUGAUGGUGACAGUGGCAAUAACAUUCACGGUUACAGUGACAGUAACGAUGACAAUAAUGGUAACGGUAACGACGACAGUAAUGGUUACAAUAACGAUUAUGGUAACGGCUACGAUGAUGGUAACGGUAAAAGUAACAAUAAUGGUAACAAUGAUGGUGACAGUAACGAUAACGGUAACGAUCACUGUAAUUGUGACGAUAAUAAUAACGGUAAUGGUAACAAUAAUGGUAAUAGUAAUGAUGACGGUAACGGUGAUGAAAAUGAUAACGAAAACGGUGAUGGUAACCGUGACAACAACAAUAACGGUAACGGUGAUUGUAACAAUGAUGGUGACGGUAACAGCGAUAAUAAUGGUAAUAGUGACAAUGCCGGUGACGAUGACGGUGGCAGCAACGGUCACAAUCACGUUGAUGGUAACAGUCACGAUACCAGAGACGGUAAUAGUGAUGGUUACGGUAACAAUAACGAUAACGGAAACGGUAAUGGUAUCGAUAACAGUAACAAUAACGGAACCAGUGACGGUAAUGGUAAUGGUGAUGGUAAAAAUAUGAUAACAAUAACGGGUGACGGUAACAGUAAUUGUAACAAUAAUGGUGACAGUGACCAUAUCGGUAAAGAUAAGGGUGAUGGUGAUUGUGAUGGUGACAGUAUCGAUAAUGGUAACGAUAACGGUGAUGGUAACCGUAACAAUAAUGAUAAUGGUGACGAUAAAAGUAACGAUGAUGAUAACAGUGAUGGUAACUACAAUAGUGACGUUGACAGUGACGGUAACAGUAACAGUGACGAUAAUGAUGAUGAUAAUGGUGAUGAUGAUAGUAAUAGUAACGUCACGAUCACUGUAAUGGUCACAAUAACGGUGACGGUAAUGGUUACACUGACGGUAAUGGUAAUGGUAACGGAAAUGACGACGGUAACAAUAACGGAAACGAUAAAGGUAACGCUAACAGUGAUGGUAACAAUAACAGUAACGGGUAACAGUCACGGUGACAAUAAUUGUAAUUGUAACGGUGAUGGUGACAGUAACGGUUAUGGUGAUGGUGAUGGUGAUGGUAACGGUCACGACAACGGUGAUGAUAACAGUAUCGAAGAUAGUACCAGUAAUGGUAACGGUGACGAUAACUGUAUUGAAGACGGUAACAAUAAUGGUAAUGAUAAUGAUAACGAUAACGGUGAUGGUAACAGUAACGGUGACGGUAAUGGUAACGGUGACGUUGACAAUCAUAGUGACAAUAAGGGUGAUAGUAAUGGUGACGGUAACUGUAAUGGUGAUUGUGAUGGUGAUGGUAAUGAUAACGGUAAUGGUGACGGUCACAGUGAUGCUAACGGUAAUGGUAAGGACAAUGGUGACGAUAAUGGUAACGAUGAUGGUAACGGUAACGGUAACGGUAACAGGGAUAAUCAAGGUAAUGGUAAUGGUGACAAUAACGGUAAUGGUAAUGGUGAUGGUAACGAUAAUAAUAAUGGUAAUGGUGAUGAUAACGGUAACGAUAAUAAUGACGAUUAUUGUGACGGUAAUGGUAAAAGUAAUGGUAACGGUCAUGGUGAUGAUAACAAUAAUGAUGACGGUGAUGGUAUCGGCAACAGUGACGGUCACGGUGAUAGUCAGAGCAAUGGCGAUUACGAUGAUGGUCACAAUAAUGGUAACGGUAACAAUAACGGUGAAGGUGACGAUGACUGUAACGAUAACGGUAAUGGUAACAGUGACAGUAACGGUGACGGUCACGGUAAUAGUCACUGUAUCGAUAACAGUCAUAGUAAUGAUGAGAUUAAGGGUAAUGGUAAUGGUAUCAAUGACGGUGAUGGUGACGGUAAUGUGACAGUAAUGGUCACGAUCACAUUGACGAUGACAAUAAUGGUUAUGGUGACAGUAAUGGUAAUGAUGAUGGUAAUAGUAACGAUUAUGGUAACGGUGACGGUAAUAGUAACAGUAAUGUUAAAUGUAAUGGUCAUAGUAACGGUGAUGGAAACGGUGAUGGUGACGGUGACGGUGGUGAUAACUGUGAAGGUCAGGGUGACGAUGAUGGUAAUGAUGAUAGUUACGAUAAUGGUCAUGGUACAGGUGACGGUAAUGGUCACAUUGACGGUGACGAUAACCGUGAUAGUAACGGUCACAUUGAUGGUGAUGAUAAUGAUGAUGGUAACGAUCAUGGUCACAGUAACGGUCACAUUGACGGUGGCGAUAAUGGUGACGGUAAUGGUUACGGUGAUAGUAACGGUAACAAUGACGAUAACAGUAAUGAUUACAAUAACGGUGACAAUAAUAGUAAUAGUAAUGGUAACGAUAAUAGUCACGGUAACGGUCACGGUCACAGUGAUUGAAACGGUGAUGGUAACAGUGAUAGUGACGGUGACGGUAACGAUGACAAUUAUGGUUACGAACACAGUCUAG